UGAGCAUGCGCACGAGUGGAAACCUGUCCCGUAACACUCGGGGGAAGGAUCAGGGACCGCUACAAACGCUGGAAACAGUGCUACAUUCGAAAAUGAUAGAGAAUUAAUUAUAUUUUUUUUUAACCAAAAGCAAAACAAAAACAUUCAAAUCAUACUCCAGAUUUCAUACCAUAAUGCCUAACCGAAAACGAUCAAUGCUCUGUUCCAAAAGGAAUGCCCUCCUAAAACAGCGAAAAAGGGAGUUGCGUUCACAGGAAACACCAGAAGCAAGAGAGGCCCGUCUUGCUGCACAGCGUAGUCGUGAUCAGCGCUCACUACUUGAGGAAUCAGCAGAAGCAAGGCAGGCCCGUCUUGCUGCCCAGCGUCGUCGAGAUCAAUGCUCACUACUUGAUGAGCCUGUUGAAGUAAGGCAGGCCCGUCUUGCUUCCAUGCGUAUUCGAAAUCAGCACUCACUCCUUCAGGAGUCAGCAGAAACAAGGCAGGCCCGUCUUGCCACCCAGCGUAGUCGUAAUCAACGCUCACUCCUUGAGAAGCGUGUUGAAGCAAGACGGGCCCACCUUGCUGCCCAGUGUAGUCCACAUCAGCAAUCGAGUCUUGAGGAAUCAUUGGAGGUUAGGGAAAACAGGUUGGCAAGGGGCGCAUUUUGGAUGAGAGCUGGCUUCAGAUACAGUCCUGCAGAUGAUUUCUCCAAUCACCUGGACAUGGCUCUUGGUAAAAUGGACAGGGAAUGCCAAUUUCGUCAAGCUAAGAAGUGGGCUGAUGAGGCAGCUGGUCUUUGUUGUUCCGGAGGCAAAGUAAGAAUGUCUGCUGUAGAGAAGGUUGCUACCACUGCAGCCUUUUCAUCUUCCAAUACAAUUGGGCAGUCAAAUAGUGCUCGGAUGUCAUCUACGAAAUUGUCACCUCUUCAUGUCAGCCUAAAUGCCAACCCAAACCUUGUGGAGCAUAGUGGCUUUUCUGACAAUAAUUCUGAUGGUAAUAGUGAAUUUGAAGAAGCUUUAAAAAAUAUAAAAGCUUUAAAUGGUCAAGGCCGAUAUACUGACACUCCUGAAAAUGAAGCUAUUGAGAAAAAUGUAGAUAGCAAUUUUGGAAUAAAACCAGAUAAGAAAAGCAGUUCUACUACUAACAUAAACAAAAAUACAAGUGAAUCUCAAAAACAAUCUGAUGAUCAAAAUCUAGAUGAAUCGGUAUCACAGGAAAACGUUAACAAUAACUCUAGCCAUAUGAACUUAUCACCCAUUGAUACCACUCAAACGAGUCCUUUGUCAGAAAAUUAUGACAAUCCUGAAAAUUUAGAUGAUGUUAAAAAUAAUUGUGAUAAAUCUAAAACAUCAAAAAAUGAAGCAUCUGACAAUGAGGAAACAGAAGUAAACUUCAAUCAUUUAAACUCUUUGAAUGUUUCUUCUGAUAAAAAGAAUUGUAAUGAUAAUGAAAACCAUUCUGAGAAGAAGAAUUUUGUUGGUAAUGGAGACUAUUCUGGGUCUGAUGUUAAAGAAUUUGUAUCCUCUUAUGGUUUGGAUGAAAAAAUAAAAGAUUCAUUCAAAUAUUUUUCAGAAAAGAACUCAAAUUCAGCAUUAAGUAAAAUGCUUUUAAAAAAGAAGGAUGACAGUAAUGUUCAAAAUGUAACAUCAACAAGUGAUUCCCAAUCUUCUUCCAAAUCAAACAAAACCAGUUCCUCACGUGGAAAUUUAUUUGAAAACUUUGGGACUAUUGCUUCAACUAAUCAUAAUGAUGAUAAGGAAGAUGAGAAGAUAAAAGAAAUUGAUGAAUAUAUUUCUAAGAGUAACGGGCAAGUUGAUUCAUCUGUGUCAGCACCAUUACAACCUGAAGAACCAGAUAAGGAUAUUUCGACAUCUGAUAAGGAUGAUACAGAAAUAAGUAAGGAUGUAUCUAAUUCUGAUGAAAAGGAAGAGGCUGAUCUGGAUAAUGAUAACGGCAAAGAAGUUGACAGCAGUUCUGAAAGGCUUUCUAAAACACCAUCUCCAUUACAAUUUUCAAGAAACAAUUCCAAUGAAGAUUUGUCAAGUGUUACUAAGUCUUGUGAAAUUUCAGAAAGCUGGGAAAAUAACGAUAAAAAAAGAUCUGCUGAAGAAGCUGAUGAUUGGACUGAUGCAGAAAUUGCCCCAGUAAAACGAUCUCGUUUAGAUGAUGUAAUUGGUAACUUAGGGUCACGGAUUGGUAUUAAAUUAGAUUCUAUCCCAUUUGUUGACGAAUUGGAAGAGUCUAGUAAAGACAGUGAUUCUAGUGAAAAACCCUCUGAAGAAUCAGUAACAACAGACGAAGAAGAAGAUCAAGAAAAAACAUCAAAUUCAGACCAAAAGUACAUCAAGAUAUCUGAAAAGGAAUUAGCUGAGAUUGUAAAAAGAGAAGUUAUAAAUAUUUUAAACAGUAAAGAAACCACUUUAGAAAGUCUUCAGGUUAAAAUUGAUGAAUUACAAGCGACAAAUGAAUAUUGGAAAACACAAGCAAAGGAGUUACAUAAAGAAGUUCUUGAACUUACUGUGUUGCAGCAAAAACAAGAAAAACGAAAAGCUGCUGCUAUUGCCCUUAAGGCAAUUACAGCAAGACAUGUUGCUGUUCAGGUUGAUGAAGGAAAGACUUCCCAAACUCCCAGUUCAACUAAAACAGUCAAAAUAACCACACAAAAGAAAUCCAUUCAAUCACCUUCCUCUUUAUCAUUUUCAUCAUCAUCAUCUUCAUCACUCUCAGCCCCUGUGGCAGUUUCAGCAAAUCUUGGCAUAUCUGAAAACUCAUCCUCUCAUUGGUCUCGUGCAAUCACCACUCAAGAUACUAUACAGUCUAAUUUGGUAGCUCAGCCUACAGUGACUUCAGGCUUACUGUCCAAUAAUACUACUCCCUUAGCAGUCUUUAAGAAAAAGAUUGUGCCACCUAAUAAUAGUAACAAUAACAAUAAUCAGUCAAAGAAUGGACAAGUGAGCAGUCAGUUAACUACACCAGUCACCAAAUAUCAGUCCACAACAGUUAAAAGCUUACUUGAUGCGUCACGUAAUACAAACCAAGUGUCUACGCCACAAACUUUGCUUUACCAAUCUUCUGGUCUAAUUGUUGUAUCUCCUCCAACUGCAACUGCAACAACAGCAGCAAAUACUACUACUACAACCCGGAGUAUUCUUACUAAACCAGUUACAAGUCAGGCACCAUCUGGAGCUGUAAAAUUAAUAGAUUUAACAGGGGAUGAUGAAGCACCGUUUAAAAAUCAAGCAAAUGGAAAGAAUGUUGUCCACACAGCUGCCAUUGCACCCAUGGGAUCUGUGCGGUCAAACAUUGUCUCCCAACAAGUUGUUCGUCAGGUAACACCAGUACAACAACCAAAAGUACCUUUUGGUACAUCAUUUCUUUUAAGUACACCUGCUGGGACUCAAAUCAUCAGCCCAUCAGUAACACAAGGUGUAGGAGCAGCAAAACCUGGUGUAUGCCAGUAUGUUCUUACAUCGACACCCAAUAUCCGGCCGGGUGCAUUAGUUACAGUAGUACCUACUACAGGAACACAGAACUCUUCAGUGAGACCACCAAUUGUAUCAAGUACAGUUGCAAAUGCAGGUUCUUUACCACAGUUACGGCCAGCUCAACAAUCCACUGCAGUAGCCUCAGUUGAUCUAACAAAGGCGAUACGGCCACCUCCACCACUUCAAAGUGCCCCAGUGCAACAAAACACACAGAGAGUAGUCUCCACUCUACUCAGUACCUCAUCUUCAACAACUCCAGUAGCAAAACAUCCAGCUCCAUUACCAUCACAGCCCACUCCCACCGUAACAUCAACAGGUCUUAAAAGUCCACCACCCAAAGCAGGUCUUCGGAUAUCAAGGGUAGCACAAGGCAUUGUAUUAUCUUGGAAUAUGGCUUUAAAUGAAAAUCAUGCUGAAAUUUCAAAUUAUCAACUCUAUGCUUAUCAAGAAGGAAGUGCUCCACCUAGCACUUCCUUAUGGAAAAAGGUUGGAGACAUUAAGGCUCUACCUCUUCCAAUGGCUUGUACAUUAACUCAAUUCCAUGAAGGAAACAAAUAUCAUUUUGCUGUUCGAGCUGUAGACUCACAUGGCCGUGUAGGGCCCUUCAGUGAUCCUAGUACCAUAAACCUUGGAGUUGGAAACAAAUGAAUUCUAUAGAAUUCUUGGAAAGACACACCAGUAACUACACCUUCAAUUAUGGACAUGUUAAUAUUCUUUGUAAUCCAGCAUUUAUUUGAUGACAUCUUAGUUACCAUGAGUCAAAUUCUUGAGUCCUAAUAGUCUCUAUUAUUAACUCCAAGUUUUUGGCACCUAAAAAAAGUUGUGUGUGUUUGUUUCAUUAAGGUCUUUUACAGACAAGGAGAAGUAUCUAUAAACAAUUUGCUCUUCAUUAGCUGUUCGCAUCAUUGUUAAGGAUUUGACACUGUUUGCUUUAUUAUAGUUAUCUAUAAGUACGGGAAGGUGUCUUUAAUUUAAAGAGAUUUACAAAAAUAUUUUGUAGCUCACUUUACAAUAAAUUUUGAUACAUCUACAUUGUAUUUUAAAUGUUAAUAAAAUACAAUUUUAAACAAAAUGCAUUGAUAUAAAAAUGUACCAAACAAAAUUAUCCAGAGAAAACUUUUUCAGUAUUUUUUUUACUGUGUUAUUUAUUAAUAUAUCUGUUAAUGUAAAUUGGUACAGAUUAUAAAAUAUUGAAGAAAGAAAUGGAAAUUAUUUAAUCUUCUUUUCAUUUACAGUUAAACUUGAAUAAAAGAUAUUUUCAUUUCAAACUGGGUAAGACCAUGGAACUAAAACUAGAAAUAUGAACUUAAACAAAAAAAAAAAAAAAAAAAAAAAAAAAAUCACAAUGAUAAUACUAUUCUUAAGUCAAAUUUACUAAAGUUAAGUAUUAAAAAUAGCAAGUGACUUUGAAUAAUGAAAUAUUUGUGUAUCUCUAUAUAAUUGUCUUUUUUCAAUUAGGGGGUCUUAAAUAAUAAUAAAAGUAGUGAAUAUUUUGCUUAAUAGCCUUAAUUUCACCUGUUAGAUUUAUUGAAAUACAUUAAUAUGAUCAACUGGAAAUUUGUCAUCAUUUCUGGAUAUAUAUAAUACUUAAAAUAUUCUUGAUUCUUUUAUUAAAAAAUUUUUUUUUAAAGCUAAUGAUGUUUUUAAACACUCCUUAUGUAUUAAGACAUAUAUGCCUUUGUGUGUAUGUUUUUCAACAAAUACACAUCUUUCACAAAGGUUGUUAAAGCAUUCAAAAGUAAAUUCUAAACAUAUUUAAUUCAAUUACUUAAAACAAUGGUUAUAAUGAAUCCAAUUUAAUCAUAAAAUAUUCUUAAUUUCAAACAUCCCUCUUACCUGAUAAACUCAUCAUAUUCUUCUAUGGGGCAGCAAAAUAUAUAAAAAUAACUCCUUUAUUGAUUAAAAAAAAAAACAAAUUUUCUUCAAGCAGUCAAACAGAAAUUGGAGUGUCUUUACAUUUUUUUCUGUUCUUGGAUAUUUAUUUUACAUUUUUCAACUAUUAUUUUAAUUACUUUACAUAACUUUCCAUUCUUUUACAUUUCACUCGCUGGAUUACAGCCAAGCUGGUUUUAAUUGAUUAUAUCAACUCCAAUACUUAUUAUUUCAGUUUCCCAGUUAUUUUAUUGAGUGGUUAGGUUACCACAUAAACAUAAUAAUUUUUUUUUCUUUUUAACUGGUGAUGUAUUAAAUAUAAACACAGAUGGGUGGGGACAUAAUCAUGGAUGUAUAUACUGGGCUUCUGUACAGUUUCUGCUGACUAAAUUCCACUCAGUUUCGGUCAAAAUGCAACUAUAAUAGAAGACACUGAAGAUGCAGUACAGUGGGAUCCUCGAAACACUUUGUUGCAAAGCAGACUUCUUAAGUAUGCAGCUAUUGCCUGAACCUAUGUUUUAAAAAUUAAAAUAUAUUUUGUGUCUCUAUCUACCAUCAUCCACACGAUAUUCAUUCAUCAUAUGUGACUGCAAAAUAUUAGAUGACGCCAUUUUUGUCACGGUUUUUUUAAGAGUUGAUUGCUCUAGUGUCCAUUCUUGGACAUCAAGAACUGCUGAUGGUAGAAAGUCCAAAAUUUUAUCAAUGAUUGUUGAACAAAAAUAUUUUUUUCUUUCUUGAAAUGUUGUUUUUGUAGCAAACAAUUUUAGAUGUUAGGUGUGAGACCCAGCUCUGUUCCAAAUCUCAUUUGGUGGUCAAGACGAGUCAUAUGAGAAACAAAAUCAGUUGCCAAAAAAUAAACACACACUCUCUCUCUCUCUCAAAGUUCACAGAUAUGUAGCAAUGCAGUUUCUUCCUGAUAUUGGAAUCAGAAUGGGAUGAGGGUAAAUACAUUCAAAUACUGAAUAGAAAAAAAUUUGUAUGGUUUUCAGUCAUUAAAUGUUUUGUGAAUGUGUCAAACAACUAUUCUGAUGAUAUAUAUGGAAAGUAAUAUACAUAGCUAUACUUAUCCUCAUUAGUUAUUGCAGUUAUACUUUCCAGAGAGAUUUCCUUGUUUCUUCUACUUUUUCUCUUCCAGUAUGCAUGUUGAUAAAGCCUCCUCUACAUUUGAUUGAAGGUUUUAAACAUAUUUCUUUCAGCUAUUCUUCUACUCUUUAUCUUUGAUAUUUUGUACUGAAAAUCUCAAAUUUAGACUCAACACUCCCAAACAUAUUUUUCCAUUGAUCAGCACUCCAUCGUUUGUGUGUUCUGGCAUAUGUCAUUUUUCUAGCUGCAUAAUCAUGUAAACCUUUUACCAGGACUUUAGGCCGGAUCUGAGGAGAGCUGGUAGCUAGAUGUGUUUCUUAAUCUCAAACUGAUAUAAGCUUCAGAUACUUAGCUUGGAUUUUGAGGUUCUCUUACCUCUAACUUUAGUUUCCUGGAUUUACCUUUCCUGGUGAUUUCUUGGAUGGCAUAUUUUGAAACUACAACUUUCCUUCAUAUUUCAGGUUGCGUUAUCCCAUGUUCACACUGUCAAGAUCUGGCCCCUCUCACUUACCCUAUAAUGUCAUUCUAAAAAUAAAUAACUACAUCAUCAAAAUCUCAAAGUUGAGAGAUAAUACAUGAUUGAUUGAAAACAAUGUUAAUAUAUAGAUAUUACAUUUGAUACAGUAACCUGAAGGCUAAAGGGUUAAACAUCUUCAUGUUGUAGCAAUUGUGUCUUUGUUUCAACAAUCUCAAAAGGUAAUUAUAGUACCUUUUAAACCAGGUGUAGAAGUUCUCUUGAAACUGACGUUUAUGUAUUCUUUUGGGGGGAGGGGUCUGUAUCCAAAAACACUGAGACUGCUAGGAGAAUAUGGCAUUGGCAAGUAUACAAAGUAAUAGAAAUUAUCAGAUGUGUAAUAUCCUUGAUAGCCUACCCUUUGCCAUUGAUGAAGUGGUAGUUGCUGUUACAUUAGAUUUGUCUUUAUAGAAUUAAAUGAAACAAUAUUAUAUCAUAUAUGAAGUCAGCACAUUACAUAUAUAUAUAUAUAUAUAAAAUAGUUCAAUGUUGUUACAUUUUAUUUUCUAAGUUGAUUAAAAUACCAAAUACCUACCUAUUUGCACAGCAGUUUAUGUAUGUAUGUAUGUAUAUAAUAUUUAUAUGUAUAUGCAUGUAUUUUUCCUUAUAUACAUAUGUAUAUUUGUGUGUGUGUGCACAUGUGCAUAUGUAUGUGUAUGUGUAUAUCCAUGUGUUUGUGUGUGUUUCUACAUUGAUGUAGCAUGCACAAAUAAUUAAGGGGUUGAUUUUGCAAUCAGGAGAUCCUGGACCCAAUCUCAUCACAAGUCAUCUUGGAUAAGUGUCUUUUAUUGUAACCUUGAAUCAGUCCAGGCCUUGCAAAUGAAAUCAGGUGGACAGUAGUCUGGCAGAUGGACUGUAACUAUAUUUCAAAGGUCCACUUUUAUUACACUGAUUCUGCCCCUUAUGUUAAGAAUAUAUGUUUCUGUUGAACAACUUACCACUCAUUCAUUAUAGGAGCUGAUAGAGAUCUAUUUACUAAUGUAUGUACAUUAGGAUACAUGUCCCUCCAACAAAAAGAAUUCCUCUUUUGACUGUAUUCUGAGCCAUUUAUUUGGUACUGGCAUGGUUUUGAGGAUUUACUUUACCACACUGGUAUGGUUUCUUUUUUAGACACUUAGGUGGCACUUGAACUCUGAACACAAAGAGCCAGAACCAAUACUGUAAUACAUCUCACCUGACAAUCUAACAAUUCUCCCAGUCAACUUUCUUGGACAGUCAUUCUAUUUGUUGACUGUUUAUAUCCAUUUAUACUUGUGUGUGCAUGUAUAUAAGAAUAAAAGAUUUUAAUAAUGUACAGAGUAGUUUAUUAAUAAACAUAAAAAUAAAUAUUUAGUCAGAAGUCUUGGAAGGUACCAUUUUUUAGUUUUGUUGUAUAUAGAUAUAAAGGGUCUUUGAAAGAUCUAAGGAAAUAAAUUGAAAUACUGCUUAAAUGUUUUUACCUUUUUUUUUUUUCUGGUUUUGUUGUCUAGCAUUUGAAUGUCCUUUCCCUGUCUCUUUUUUUUAAUUCUAAACAAACCUUUAAAGUAAAAAUAUUUUUAAAAAAAUCUGAAAUAAUACCAACUAAAGAAUUUCAUGACAGAGAUUCAUCUCAAUAAAUCAGAGAACAUGUAAGAUACAGAUGUUAACACACACAUACACACAAAUGUAAAGGCUGAGCAUAUGGGAGUCAUUGACAAGAUAUAUUCCAAGUUCAACUCUAGGCCAAACCUUCAGUUCCUCCUCUUAUUCAUGCUUUGCUCUUGAGUUCUCUGAUGUCUGGUGAUUAGCUAACUUCUUGUUCCUAUGAGUAUAAGCAACUGUUCUGAUUAAUUUUCUGCCUUAGAAGCACUACUACUGCCAACAAAUUUAUUUAAGAUCUGAAUCAGAUGUGAAAUCAUUUGUGACUUUCUCUGAGUAUAUGCAACUAAGAAAUGGUCACAUUUGCAAUAAUCUUAAAAGGUGUACACAAGAAAUCUUGGUCCUAUAUGCCCACAUAUCAUCAUCAUCAUUAUAUAUAUAUAUAAUUCUCCUUAUGGUUCUCAAGCAGUUAGUUGUAGAUUUGUAUAAAUUCUACACCCUGCUUGGUGAUUUCUGGAAUCAUUAUAUUGCACUAGAAUUAGCCCUCUCCAGAAACUUGGUUGCUGUUUGAAUAGUUGCAAAACUUAGCAAUAAGAAAUAUUUGGUCAUAUAGUGCUGCUGGGAAGGUUUCCUCAACUACAUCUUUUUCACCUUUAAUCAAUGCAUUCAGAAGACCUGGUUUAUUUGUUCUAUUUGUGAUUUUUAUUUACAGUGAUGAUAUCAGGCCAGAUACUUGGUUUAGAAACAUUGAUUGAAUAUGAUAACUGCAUGGUGACUUUGAAAACUUCUAACCUCUUACCAAGAUAUUCUUUAUUAAAUAUUGUUUAUUAGUUUGAGCUUUACACAGGCAAACCCUAAGAUCCAUACCCUUCUCCCAAGGUCAAGCUUAUCUUUAUCAUGUAACUUCUCUAAAGACAGACAAUAUGAAAAUGUUUCAUGUUUCCAACUAUAUUAAAAAUCCAACUACUUUUUUGUCUUCUGUUUCCAAAUGAUUGGUUUGUUGAGAUUACUAGUUUGUGUACUCCACAUAGAGCGUGAAUGAAGAAAUCUACCUUCUUGGGUGUUGCUCUGAAUGAUCCUGAUGGCAUCUUCUUUGUUAUACAUCAGGGGACUGUUUUCAGGAGUGUUCCACUUAGGUAACAUAGGGGUGGACUCCCAAACACAAGGCAACAAAACAAAAUAGUUAAAAAGAUUUAAGCAACAUUUCAUUUCACUUCCUUUGGAAAACUGUUAAACAUUUUUGUACCUGCAAACAGAUAAACUAAGAAAUAAUCUUUUGUACUCUAGGCACAAGGCCCGAAAUUUUGGGGAAGGGGGCCAGUUGAUUAGAUUGAUCCCAGUACACAACUGGCACUUCAUUUAUCGACCCUGAAAGGAUAAAAAACAAAGUCGACCUUGGCAGAAUUUGAAUUCAGAACGUAAAGACAGAUAAAAAAAUGCUAAGCAUUUCUGUCAGCUCACCACCUUACAUGAAUUAAAAAAUUAAUACCAGAGUACCAUUUGAGUACUGAGGUUGCUCCUUCAAAAUUUCAGGCCUUGUGCCUAUGGUAGAGAGGAUUGUUUAUAUAUAAACCUUAUGUAGCAACAAAAGAAGUAGAUCUCAAUAUCAUUGAAAAUAGAGGGCUAAAUUUAUUAAAUGAUGGAUGUGGAACACAUUCAGGAUUCAGUUUCUGUGUAACAACUCAGUGAGCUGCACUUCAUCAGCAUGCAUUCGGCUUGCAAUAACCAGUGAAAUGUAGCAUUCAUCAAGUUGUACAGAAACUCAGAAGCCUGAAUGUAAGUGUUCCAUACCUGUGUUAUUUAAAAAAUAUAUAUUCACACAUAUCUGGUUUUAUAUAUCUUCUUUUCAUUUGAUUAUCUCCUUAUGAAUAUACUGAUAUAUUAAAAUUGUCCCAUUAUGAGUGGGAAUUUUCUAAACAACAAAACAUGUAUAUGGCCUUCCUCAUUCUAAACAGUUGAAACUGUAUUACUGUCCAUUGUCAAAUGAAAUAUCAUUUUCAUAUACAUCUGCUUUUAUGUAUAUAUAUAUAAAUUAGUUUUUUUUUUAUCCUAUGAUAUAUUGUUGGAACAACUGGGAGUGAACAUGAAACUGAAAAGAUUUUUUUAAAGAUAUUAAUGAAGAAUAUGACAUGAAAAUAAUAUUGCUAUUUUUAGAGAUUUCUAUUCAUUGAUCCUAAGUUAUAUAAUCCUAUACUGAUCCUACAUGAAACAAUAAAAUAUUGGCCUUAUAACUUACUUUUUACUUUUACUUUAUUUUUACUUCAAAGUGAGUUUCACUUAUAUGGUUGCACUUUGUAGAGACAAUAACUGUUCAUAGCUAAAUUAGUUUUUCUAGCUCUGAAGGGGAAACCUAGGCUUUGAUAAGUAGUUACAGUUUACUUGUAACACUGAAAGGUCAUCAGAGAUUGAAGUCUAGUAUUUGUGGUGGCUUUAUGAUUAAUUAAAUUGUGUUGUAUGAAGCUGCACAAAUGAAUUUGCUGACAUUGUGAAGCUGUUGUGUGUCCCCAUCUCAUGAUAUAAAGAUUGUUUGAUUUUAUAAAGGGAACCCAUGCCUGUGUGGAAAACUAAUGUUAAAGGAUGAUGAUGAUGAGUAAAUGGUAAAGUGAUGAAUGUGAGGCUUAGAUUUGUUUCAAUUCAGGUAGAAUCUUUCUGCAUAAAAUAUUCUUCUUCUACAAGCAAUUAUUUCUGAAUGAUUUAUUAAUACUUUUUCAUAUCAAGAUAAUUCUAAAUUAGGCAGAUAUACGUAAUUUGACAUCAGGGGCCUUUGUUCUUUUGAUAAAUCUACCACAUUAACAGAAUAAGUACUGAAAUCAACUUUAUUGACCACACUCUUAUGGUCAUGUCCCAGAAUGACUUGGCUGCAGUCCAUUGGCCAAAACAAGAAUUUUAUAUUAUGUGUUAAACAUUGUAGUACAAUCUUAAAUUGUGACACAGUGAGUGUCUAAUAUCAAGAUGUCUAAUUUUAGUAUUUAUUUGAGGCUAUAAGCGUCAUAUUACUGUAAGUUUAUCAUCUAUAUAAGUUCCUUCAUCUUUUUAUCACUUCUCUCAGUCUGUUAGUAAUUUUUAGAAUACCUGAUUUGAAAAAUCUCUGGAUUUUGAUUUAAAUAUAUAUAUAUAUUUAAUUAAUUUUCUAUAUCUUACCUUCUGGCCAUACUUUGUGUAAAUGAUUUUGCAAAGAUCUAAAUAACUGGAGGUCUGACUGAAAGGGGUCUUUUGUUUUAUGGGAACACUUUAUGAAAUGGUUAUGUAUCAAUGAAUGCUACUAAUAUUUUUAGAUUUGACGAAAAGCAGGUUUCAACAAGUACAAACUCCUAAUCAGACAGAACUAUCUAUACAACGUGACACUGAUUAAUUGAGAUUAUCUCUACAAUUACUAAACAGAAACUCCCUUCAGGGAGUGAUAUUCAAAAUCUAGUAAUAAGCAAGAUAGACCCAACAAGUUCAAUUAAUUGGGAUUUUUGAAAAAUAUUAACGAUGCAGAUGGGAGUGGAUCUAGUCUUUAAGGCCAAUAGGUAAAAGCAAGGGACAGGUUUCAGUCUUACUCAAUAUUCCAUGCAAACCAUUCUGUUCAGUUGGCAAGACUAAAAGUACUCAAAUAUAGACGGAGGCUUGGCAGUGUAGUAAGAAGUUUGCUUCCCAAAUACAUGGUUCCAGGUUCAGUCCCACUGUGUGGUACCUAGGGCAAGUGUCUUCUACUGAAGAGUGGAUUUGGUAGACGGAAACUGAAAGAAGUCAAUUGAAUAUAUGUAUAUGUGUUUAUAUAUAUAUAUGGAUGGAUGUAUAUAUAUAAACUUACAGUUAACAAAAAUCUGGAUGCAUGGUGUUCAGUUACAUAGGACAAACACAAAAGGGCCUUAAUUCUUCAUCAGUUAUCAGCCAAAAUACUAAUACCCAGUUUCAUGCCUUUAAUGAUAAGACUGAGAACUUCGUAUAUCGGCGGCACCUGCAAAACUUGCAGAGAAUAAGAGCUCAAGUAAACAAAACAAUACAGGUUGGACAUAUGAAAAGUAAACAAAUGUAAUUUGAAACAAUAGAAAAAGACAGAAUAAAUAUAGCCUUUUGGCCAAACACGA